AUGUCCUCGGCGGGGCGGGAGCUCCACGCCGCCGGCCCGGGAGACGCCCUGCCCGCCCAGCGCCCCGCCUCGGCCGCCCUUUGUGUGGCGCCGGGGGCCGCGGGCGAGAGGCCGGGCUGGGCGCUGCCCCGGGGGCCGCAUGGCCGCCAGCCCCUCCGGAGGCCGCCCUUGGCGAGCGAAGCGUCGCGCCCGGAGAUGCGGGGCGGCGGCUUAGAAAGUCCGGGCUGGUGCGAGGAAGGCCCGGGGCUGCCCACCUGCGGAGGAAGCGGGCGGCCGGGAGAGGAGUUUCAGCUAAUCCAGAAGGGGAGAGAACGUGUUUCUAGUCCUUCCUGCCUUGAAAUAAAAGACUUGCUGCAGAAUCCAGAAAAAGAAAGCCCAGCAAAAGUACAAGUGGCAUCUGAAAAGCAAUCCAGGCUCCCGAAAGAAGCUCCAGGUAUGAAGGCUGAUGGGACUGGGCUGUUUUGUAACACGGGAGAGCCCAGGGCCCAGGUGAGGACAGGUGCGCUGCUUGAGGCCAGUCAGUGCUCAGGUGGAGUUGCAGUUUCAGGAAAUGACAGCUCCGUAUCUCAAGAGCCUCUCAGUCCUGCCUCGACUGACGAAGAAGAAGAACUCCCAGCCUUUGCCAGACAGGCUGGGGAAGAGACGUUUCAGAAUCCAGGCCAAGAAAUGAAUGCCGUUUUUAACAGUUGUCCAGAAACGUUUGGCUCGUCCAGGAAACACAGCCGUGCUCUGACUUUGGAUGCUUGCCCACCAGGCACCAGGCUUGAAACCACAGGUCAGGCUUGUCAAGGCAGCACCCCUUGGGGGGACCGCAUGGAUCUCUCUGAGGCUGCCUGUGAAGUGCCAGAGGGAAGCUUCAAGAGCAGUCCGAGCGAUGGAAGGAUGGAGGAUCUGGGAGAAGCCUCUGAGCUGCAAAUGGCUGAGGCUCCGUUACAGGCAGGGAGCCCUUGGGGAGAGCUGUCCAACGAUGAGCACAAGAGGGAUGACAGCCUGGAACUUCCUUCUAGCCCUGUGCAUAAAGGAAGAAUUGACAUCCAGAAAGGGUCUGCUGUGCACGGCUGCUGGAAAGGUGGAGAACAUUUCCCUUCAGAACACGGCAGGUUUCUCAGUGCAGCCGAACAGCUCACGGGGCCAAAAGACCAGCAUUCCGAAAUUGGCUGCUCCUCCCUUUGUGAUGUUAUUCAAGCACCAUUUGAAGAUGAUCUAAGAGUGAGCUCUUCGGAAGCCAGCAGUAUCCAAGGGGAUAGAAGUUCUUUCCUCCGCCAUGAAAAAUGUAUCACUUGGAUCACACAAGGAAAUGGAGCUCUUUUGUUGAAAAGAAAUAACUUUGGCUUCUUUCAGAACAAUUGCAGUAUAAAGUCUGUUUCUGCGCUUCUCAGCUGCUUGGCUCCUCAGCUGGAUUUGGGAGGGAAUGGCUUACCCCUCCGAGUGGAGCCGAAGGACAAUCUGAGAACAGCCCUCCUGCUCUACGAUUUAGCUCUGCCUCUGUGUGCUACCAGUUCUUUCCGUGUCACAGAGAUCAGUGUGUGUGCUGAUGAAAAAAGCUUUAUUAAAGUCCCUCAACUCCACGGCCCAUCUCCAUUUGCCCAGAAGGCUGACCCAGGCUCAGGUCACGGAGGGCCCAUGGACAGCCUGUCUCCGGAGGGAGUCAUUGUGAUGCGAAGCACCAGUGCCUGGCUUCAUCACAAGGAAGCAUUUGCUCCAAGUCAAGCCAGAGGCAGACUCCAGGCGGUAAUGAAUGAAGGGGCCUGGGAGAUGGUCAGAUGGGUGCUGAGAGGGGCAGAAAACGGGGAGGUUGCUAUGGAGCCCUUCUGGAGAAAAACACUCCGCUUUAGUGACUGGACUGUGAAUGAUCUUUCUUCUGCUCCAGAGGAGAUCUACGUCCUGGCAAGAAAUCUCUUCUUGGAUUGCAAAAAUCCACAAAGAGGCAGAAGAGGGGCAGCCACUAAAAUAUCCUUCAGCUUGGGAAGAAGCCCAGCCCUUUUGGAGUCCAGUGCGAGAUUCUUUUCUCUCCAAAAAUGUUUCAGUUGCUCUCCCUACAGAAAUAACUGGGUGGCCUUGGAUAGGGCAGGAAGCCCCCUGGACUCCGUUUAUCCUCUGGAGGUUCCUUGCUGUAAUCUGCCAAAGACAGAAGCUGAAAACCGGCGUGUUGAUGGUGGAGACGCUUUUGAUAGUUCCGAAAGUAUUCUGGAGAGGAAUAUUUUCCCUCCCUAUGGAAGAGUAGAAAUCCACAAAGCUUCCUUUGGAGCUGAUGCUGGUGGAAUGAAAACAAUAAGAAAUGCAACAGAACGUAACAAUACUAGACUGUUCCUUCAGCUUGCAUUUGAUGGAGACUUGAGCAAAGCUUUUCUUCUUUCUAGAGCCACUUUUAGGAAAGGUCGGUGCCUAGAAGAAGAAGAAAAAGAAGAGACGUAUCGGAUUCACCCCUCUUCCCCAGCAAGUCACCUCCCUUACUUAAAUAAAAAAGGCUCCUCUUUAUGUACUAAGCGUUCAGCUCAGCAGAGGGAACCCGUUUAUCAGAUGAAAAUAUUUCUUUAUCCAGGUUAUUUCCUUGAUCGUUGCACCUUGUUUGAACAGAAAAGCGAUUCACCAAAGACAGAGUUUCUAGAAUGCCAGCAGCCUUCCUUAAUUUUCUACAAUAAACUAAAUCAUCAUGAUUUGCAAACUGUGAUCCGUUCGGCUAUAAAAUAUGUCCGGUGUAAUAAAAAUGAAUCAUUGCGUUCAAAGAUGGAGCUGAAGGUAACCCCACCGGCUACUGCACUUUUAACAGAAUACCAUCAAGGUCCAUUUCAAGAAAUCAUCGUUGAAUCAUCCAAUAAUAAUACAGGGUCAGAAUUUACUGGCAAUCAACUGAAUGAAGACUUUUUAGAAUCACAGAGUCCCAGGACGCUAUUCGGAUGCUCAGAGUCUACUUCUGAGUUACUGAACCGGAAUCAUUUUGUGCAGAAUCGGGCUCAGUCAAAGGCCGAUGAUCUCCAUUCCGCCUCUGAAUCUCUCCACAAAAGUCCAUCAGAGAAGUUUAAUUUUAAAAAUGGAUUAUUGUCCGCCAGUAAAUUGGCUUCAUCUCCUUUUCGAACAGGCCCUGCGGUGUCUGCCAAAACUAAAGGUCAGGAAAGAAUGAAAGGACUACUUUUAAAACCAUACAGAAAAAGAAAAAUAUCUAGUUUGAUACCUGCAGGCUUAGGCUCCCAGAAUAAAAAAAUGUGCUUAUUUCCAAAAGAGGCAGCAUUAACGUCCAUUUCUUUGAAAGCUCACCACUCUCCUUCUGCCCAGCGGCACUGCCGAGGGACUCUCCUGCUUGAAAGAGAAGCCGAUGGCCGCAGCCGGCCCUUCGGUUUGGAAAGCGAAAGGCUGAGCAGCUCCCCCAGAGGAGAUGCAGCUGCAGCCGGCCCUCUGACUCGCAAGAGGACAUGCCAGCGCUUCAAGGCUCCCAGAGUCGGAGCGACUGUAUCCCUGUAUCCUUUAGAGCAGUCCUUGGGAGCAAAACAUGAUUUGGAAGCCAGCCCGAGAGAGGCCGGACGGACAGCUGGGAUGGCGGAAGGAGUUCCAGUUCACAUUCUUUCUGACACUGAGGAGUCUUCAGAAGCCCUCCUGGAAAAUUUAAGGUUUCCUUUCAGGGGUGGGAAGGUCACAUUUUCAUUCAAGGCCGCGAUACACACAGGACUUCCUCUUGGCUUACCUGAAGGCAUUUCAGAAUCUGGUUCCAGGAAAGCCAAAGUCUCCCUAGAACCAUCGCUUACGUGGUGGCAUGUAGAGAGCCCGAGUUGUGCGCUGCAGAUGAAACUUUUCUCUUCCUCAAGAAAAGCAGCAGAAACCCCCGGUAGCUCAGUGCCAUUAUCUUCUGGCCUAAAGGGUGGGAGGUUAGCAAGCUCCCCCACAUGGCCCAGCAUGAAAGAAGGACGUUUGCUGAGGGUAGAGAGUGGACAGGAGCUGGCAGGAGGCCCAGAGAAGGGACUGGAAGGGCAUUUGGUGGACGAGCAUAUCAGGAGGGGAGGUUCUGAAACAGGGGCUCAGCUGCCACCCCCAAAAAUGAAGCCCCGAGUGGGAAGGAGGCCUGCAAUUGGACAGCCUCCAGGCAACUCCUCCCAUGAGAAUGCUGCACGGCGCACUUUGGCUUCUCUAGGAAGGGCCGGGCAGAAGAGGCGGCAGCAGGAACCCCCUCUCCACACACGAAGCGAAUCAAAAAGGCAAAAGAGAGGCCAGAGGAAGGGAGAGACGGCAAGCCUGAAUCUUCACUUCCGGAGUCAUAGCCAGCAGGCCAGCCACUGGCCUACCUCCAUUGGAGCUUUCGACAGCUUUGCUCAAGCUGUCGGCUGCGAUCAGAGCAGAAGCACCGGCGGCGUGCUUGGGUAUUUGCGCCUGCGAAGACCUUUCCCAGCAUUCGGGGAAGUGGCCUGCGUAAAAGUUGGCCUGCCACACCGGCUAAGGGCACCAAAACCUCUGGCAUCCAAGGCCCCCCUUGAGACAGUCCCUGGGGAAAGGGGGCAGAUUAUUUAUUCUGCACAAUUAGACACCAUGCCGGCAGCCCCACAAGCCAUCCUUUGGGACCCCCCAGCAAAGCAGCAAGACCACUGGAGCAGCUCGCUGGCCGCCUCCUGGCCCACUGGGCAGCCCAAAGACGCCGCCUUGUUGACGAGGCUCUCCUGGUUAGCUGAGGAAUUGCUGCCCCCUCCAUGCCAGCCCUUCUCGCUUCGCAGGGCGCUGCUUCCUUUAGCUGCCAAGUGGGGCCCGCUUAGGAGGAGGAGGAGGCUGCUGGAAAUCUUCUCCUUUGUCAGUUUAAAGUUGAGCUCUCCCGCGUGGCUCAGCAGCUGCUGCUUCAAGAUGGCGGGCUCCCAGGCGCUGCCCUUUUAUUCCGUCGAGUCGACAAUCCUGUGCUUCUUUGAGCUGAGCAGCGACAGUUCCUGCGGGUGCAGCACUCCGGUUUUCCCCAUGUCUUUCCAUCACCAAAUGGACGUUGGCCCCAUCAGGAAGCUCCUCAAGACUGGGUCCCCGAGCCUCAUCCCCAGAUUUGCUCUGGGGCGUCCACAGCCUCAGCAGCCCUCUGCAUGGAUCCUCUCUUUCCUUCUGCCUCAGAGAUGCCCAGAUAUCACUGGGCCAAUCCAGAAAGACGCUGAGCCUGGUUCCACGUCGGCCUCCAAGGAGGGAGAGGCUGUUGCUCGCAGUACGGGCUGCUUGACCCCCGGCCUCCCUACAGCCUUAGCUCUGUUUUCCCCCGGCUGCUAUCGUGCUUGGACGAGGAGGAGGAGACACCGCAGCAGUCGGAUCCCAGCGGUCCAGCGGCUGAGCCUGCUGCAGUUUGCUGGGGGCUUAAAGGGGUUCCAGUGUUGCACUUCUGUAUCGACCGACCUCUUCUCUGCCUUGCCCUCUUUGCUGGGCAGCGUUCUGUCCAUCUGGAGCCAGCAUGGACCGUCCACCCAUCUCUCCGGAUCCACCCCUCUGCAUUCCGGUCCCAGCAAAGGACAAGCAGCCCUCCCUGCCAUGGCCGGCCUGAGCCACAGAAGCAGCCCAAGCUUGCUUCCCCUGGUGCCCGGCCUGCCAAGUGACACUUCCAGGGCUGUGAAGAACGACGUGAGGUUGGAAUCCAUCUUGUCUGUGCUGUUGCCAACAUCUUGCCAAACUCCCGAACCGGCUCACCCUCCUUUAGGCUUUCCAGGUCUUGGAUCUGGAGAUGGAGACGAAGCUUCUGUCCCGGCCUCGCCUAAGACUGGAGCUCAGCUUGAAAAAGACGAGUCGGAGAACAGGCCAAAGAAAGUGUCUCAGAUCCGCAUUCGGAAGACGAUUCCUAAGCCAGACCCCAACCUCACCCCCAUGGGACUUCCCAGACCAAAGAGGUUAAAGAAGACCGAAUUCAGUUUGGAGGAAAUCUAUACCAAUCAGAAUUACAAAUCUCCUCCGGCAACCAGGUGCCUGGAAACCAUUUUUGAGGAGCCAAAAGAGAAAAAUGGGUCUUUAAUCUCUAUCAGCCAGCAGAAGAGAAAACGGAUUUUGGAGUUCCAGGACUUCACCAUUCCCCGGAAGAGGAGAGCACGGAGCAGAGUCCGAGUGGUGGGUGGCUACACUCGGGCGCAGAAGGCGGCCAUAGAAGGAAGGGAACUUGACGUCCUCCUCAUUCAGAAACUGACCGACCUUGAGACCUUCUUUGCCAAGGAGGAGACACGGGAACAAGAUUCGUCGGGUAGUUGAGUUUGGGUCGAUCUGCCGGAAGAGCUUGUGGCGCUUCAAUGAUCUGGUGUGCCUGCAAAGGGAAUCUUGUUUUCCCAAGGUUGGACCAACCUACCUGACCGGACCAUAUAAGUGAUAUUUUCCUACAUGUUGGAGGAGAAUAAUUAAUUUCUGUUAACCUUAUGAAACAGCCCUGUCUUUAGCUUCCAUUGUCGCAAGGAAUUUACAUCUGUGGGGUUGGUUUUGUUUUUGUUUUUUUUU